UUGACAAGAGUGUCUGGACCAGCAAAAGGUUUCGGAAGAACGUGGCGUCUAUUGCAGAGAGUUUCGAGGUUCUUGGAAGACUAUUCGUCGGCAUCCCUCUACUCGAAUGGCAAGACUGGGCACAGUUGCCCGCCUGGAGCUCGGAAAUGAUUUGGUCUGAUGAAGGUCCAGGACUUGAGCAUCCCGUUGAAUCUGGAGUGCCGUCCGUGGAUGAGCAAACAAGAGCCGGGAACUCACUGACAAGCCUGGAUGACGACGUCAAGCAGUGUCUCUCAGAGUUACUCUCACAAACCCCAAACUUGAUCUUUGAAGGACCAAGCCAAAAAAACCAUUCAACAUGAGCCAUUUCAAAAAAAGGGUAAACCCACAUCAGCGGAGGGGGUGGAUGCUACGUCAAUAUUCAUGCUGGUUGACAGACAAGGUCGCCCGAAGUAUUUGAGCCCAUUUGUUGUUGCACCUCAGGUUACAAGCCGUUCUACUCCGACAGACCCCACAAGGACCUCAACAGCACUUUCUCAUAGGCCUCAUUCGGUAGCAGCCAAAGAGGAGAGGACGGGCAUCGAGAGCUACUUCCCAGACAUGGAACAUGUUAUUCACAGAGGCACCAAGCGAUCCUUUUCUGAAGUCGAAGAAGUGUCUUUGAACGAAACGUUGCCCACCUCCAAGGACAUCAAGAGAUCUGUCUCUGGAGCUAGGAAGGGCUCUGGAGAGGACGGCCUUGUUAAAGAAAAUCCCGUGGAGGAAGAGGGUGUUCAUGAACUCCACAAGCCUCCUCAAAAACAGACCUUUCCUGAAGCUAACGUGCCUUCUGAAACCCAGAGCUUUCCCGAGGCUGGAGGCUUUCCCAGCGCUACGAACUCACCAAUACCUGCAAGACCGUCUCAAAACAAGGCCUCUCGUACCGAAAAGCAAUCAACUGCAGAUGGAGACUCUUCUGAAGAGGCGCAGCCUGCGAAGCAACAGCCAAACCUCCGAGAAAAGUCAAGUUGCGAGCGAUGCGGCCGGCUGUUUCCUCAUGAUGAGACCGCACGCAAGCAUGAGAAGACCUGCAAAGGAAGGUGCAAGUCGUGCCGAGAUAACAACUUAGCAUGCACCAAAAGCGCGAAAGCGGAUAGUUGCCAGUGUUGCUUACGAAACGGGUUGGAUUGUACUGAAUUCAGUCACGCCGAUGCUCCUUGCGAGCGAUGUGGUGGGCCUUUACCGAAGCGUGGGCCUGAGCAUAUCAAAAAGUGCAAAGGAAGAUGCAAACAUUGCCAAGAUGCGGAUGUUCCCUAUUUGAAGAAUGGCAACAGGGUAAAGAGAUGCGAGCGCUGUAUCAAAAACGGCCUGGAGUGUUCUGACUUCAGUCACACUCCAACACUCCCGGCUAAGACUGCGGUCAAGGUGCCAUGCGAGAGAUGCGGACAAUUCAUGUGGCCUUGGAACCUGAAGAACCAUCUGCCGCAGUGCAAAGGCAAAUGCAGCGAGUGCAUGAAAGGGAAUGCCCCGUGUCUUUUCCGGCCAGGUAAAAGAUGUGAGCGAUGCUCGAAACGUAAACUUGAAUGUGGAAGCUUUAGCCAUGAGCAUCUUGCUGAGAACAAGUACAUUUGCAGCCGCUGCGACAAUGCGUAUGGAUCAGCUUUGACGCUCUCCCAGCAUGUCGCUCAGUGUCGAGGCAAAUGUGAUCAAUGCAAGGACUCCAACAUUCCUUGUGUAUGGAUCGGCACCAGUUCCGCGUGCAGUAGCUGUAUCGACAAAGAGAUUCAGUGCACAGGCAUUGAGACCGCGGGUGCGCCCUCGGCAACCGAGGUGCCAUGUCCUCAUUGCCUUUCGCUUAUACCGCAAAAGAAGAUCGCGACGCAUGAGAAAAGGUGCAGAGGUAGGUGCUACCAUUGCAUUGAGCCAGACGUACCUUGUGAGCAUAGUCAGGGCGGGGCGCACAUUUGUUCCCAAUGUCGUCAAGAUGCGGUGGAAUGCGUAUUCAAAUAGCAGACAAGGUGCAGACACAUUGGGCUACCCAGGUCUUAACUAGAAGCCGGUGAUCGGUUGUGAUAGGCCGCAUGUCUAGACACACUUCAUAGUCAAAUGCGAUCACCUCCUGAGAAGACUCAAAUCUCCUUCUAGAAUGAGGAGGCAGCCGUAUACCGUGCGCGCAACCGCUUCAUUUCCUACCUCAGCCGCAAAACUACUCUUACGCCGCAUCUCAGCAAAUUAUGAUCGCCAAGUAGGCGCCCCUUCUCAUGGUACGCCUAUCGAGCACUUGAGGC